CCCCCCCCUGUCUCCCUGUCCAUCUCUCAGGGAGGGUAGUGCCCACAGUCCAAGAUGCAGAACAGGCAGCACCGACUCACCUCUGCACCUUUGGCCGUCUCGGAUCGCUGCAGAGCCGGGGAGAGGCUGCAGGCAGCCCUGGCGGGGUUGCAGGAACUCGACCUGCUGAAAGAGCGGCAGAGGGAGCUGGUCAGGAGGGCGCUGGGGACCGAACCUGCCCCCACACAGACAGGCACCGAGGAGCAGCGGCUGGAAAGCACCCUGAGCGCCUUGAAGGAGCAACUGUCACAUUUAAGGAAACAGGAUGUGGGGUUGAAAGUUCACUUGCAACACUUGGACCGACAAAUUAGUGAGCUGAAGCUGGACGUCAGCAAGGCAUCCUCUGAGCAACUGGAGAGUGACAGCAGGUCAAGUUCAGGGUUUUACGAGCUGAGUGACGCGGGCUCCUGCUCAUUGUCCAACUCCUGCAACUCCAUGUACAGUGACUCCACUUCAUCCUCGCAGGGCAGCCUGGUGUACUGCAGCCAGCCAGGACAGAUCAAGGGCAGCAGGCCGGAGAACCGGCCCCGCUCAGCCGACGAGACCACCGUGCAGUCAGCGGGCCUCACCCCGCAGGGCCCAGGCAAGCGACCUGGCAGGGGGAUCAAGACCACCGCUGAGCCGGCCCUCCCCUUGAGCUGCGGGAGGCUGGGAUUGGCCAGGCCCAGGCCCAGACCAGUCUCCACAGGUGACUUGGAGCGAUUUGUACCUCAGCAGAAAGAACCUGCAGCCCCCUUGGAACAGAAGGGAGUCCGCAAUGCUGAUGUAGUGGACUGGAAGUAUCGGUGUGAUCUGGUCUCCAAGAACAGCGGCGAUGUUUACAACUACCCCAGCCCUCUGCACGCGGUUGCCCUGCAGAGUCCGUUGUUUAGCCUCUCCAGGAGGGCACUUAGUGUGGAAAAUAAGUAUAGCCUAUUGGGCACUGCGUUGCCUUGUCCAGAAAGCAAGCCUGUCCCCCUUGAAGCCGGGCUUGGCUGCUUAAAUAAACGAGCCGAGCUAGUCCAACUCAGCAGGGCCGACGUGAGCUGUGACCCAGGAGUGGGUCCAAACGCUGUGGUGUGUGAGAAGGAGCUGGCGUGUCCUGGUGAGGCCAGGAAAGAUAACUGCGUCAAUAAUGGAACGAGGGGACAGCUUGAGAAGAUGUUGGCCUCGCGCCGGGGUGACAGAUGGCAAGGUGCGGGGCUCCAAGGGGAGGGGGUUGCCAAAGCUAAGGCGAGUCGCUGGGAGCCUGCAGGCAAGGGGAAUAUCUCCGCCUUGAUCGAUCAGUUGGGAGGGGAUUCUAAAGCUGACGGCAGUGGCUUGCAUUUCAAGCCAGUGGUGAAAGGUUUGAUCACCACAGGUUCUUGCUUGGGCCUACCCAUGGCCCGUGAAGCAGGCUUCUGCACUGACCUAUCCAUGGCCUACAGGGCAGGCUCCUCCUCCAGCCUACUCACGGCCCACGGAGCAGACUCUUGCUUGGGCCUGCCCACUGCCCAAGGUGCAGGCUUCUGCACUGGCCUAGUUGGCUUGUCCAAUGGCAGCCAGCUGACUGGCCAGGAUCCUGGCUCUCCCAGCGCCAACGUACCGCCCAGGCCGGGCCAGGACAGGCCGAGGGGCAUGGCGGGCCAACGUGUGGGUGGUCCGCUGGGGGAUGGCUUUGUCCAGGCCUGGUUCGUGGCCCCAGAGUCCCGGCAACGAGUGCAGGUGUGGCCAUCUGGCAGCAAGGCCAAGGUGACCAAGAUCAAGAGGAGGGUCAGUGAGGCCGGGUGGUGCGGGACGCAGACACUGGAUGGAGCGGGGGCCAUUCUCGGUCCUGUCGCCAAGGGGAGUUGGGGUGAUGGGCACGGUCCCUCGGGCCCAGGGGACGAGCCUGGUUUCCACCCCCCCAGUUGUGGUCCUGGGUUCUGGUGUUCUGCCCUCUGCCAGGAGCCGGGUGCGAGGCCUAGCCUGUGCCCAGCAGGCAGAAUGGCCUCGGGCCGUCGCUUCUGCUGGGGCGCCCCGCGGCACAGGGCUGGGAGGGCCAACAGGGCCCGUGUCCCCUGCACUGGGAGGCAGCGGGGCUUCAGGGCCCGCCCUGGGGGCUUCAGCGACUCGGAGCAGUCAGAGUACUCGGCCGAAUGCGCCUCCCUCUUCCACUCCACCAUCGCCAGCGGCAGCAGCGCGGACGAGCGCAGCGACCGCACGGCCGACCGCUUCGGGGAUGCCGAGUCCAGCGGCAGCGAGUUCGGGCCCCCUGCGGAGCAGGCUGGGGGCGGCCCCCUCCUCGGGACCCUGGGCCCAGCUCCCAACCAGCCGACGACAGGCCGGAGCCGCCGGACGGAGGCCAGGAUUUGCCGGAUAAAGGCCUCGAGGGCUCUGAAGAAAAAGAUCCGGAAAUUUCAACCUGAGGCCUUAAAGGUUAUGACCAUGGUGUGA